UUGCGGAGACAGGGAAUCGGACUCUGUGUACAUGUGCACAAUACCUUUCAACUAUCGUAUUGUUUUCGUGUGCGGGAUUUUUGUCGGUUUCUUCUAAAGUCUUCCGUUUUGUGCAGGCAUUACUGAAUUUAAAGCAUGGUUGAGCCGAUACAGUGGACAACAGUGGUUGUGAUCCACCCCGGUUCAUACUGGCUACGGAUUGGCCGGGCUACAGACGCUCAGCCAGUCACUAUCCCACAAGUCAUUGCGAGACGACAGAAGGAUCAGUCCCACAACCAGCCGAAAUACGAAGACUCGGUCCUCAUCAGAGAUGGCAUAUUUCAUCCUAACAGUGACACCCAGCAGGAGCACACACUCAAGAUGGUGGAGCAAGCCAUUUGGUCUCGCAAGACGUCUCUGGGCCAGCGAAGACAAGGCGUCCCAGCCGUGGAGGUGCUUUCUUUCAACCGUGCUGUCAAAUCACAGCCGCUGGAUGAUAAUUCUGGUAUGCAGUGGACUAACACCUCUAGCAAACCUGAGUUCAUUGUCGGUGAAGAGGUUUUGUAUCUGCAACCCACCGAUGGCUACAGCAUCCACUGGCCAAUCAGACGAGGUCUGUUCAACCUUCACAGAGGAAUUGGCGGCUCGCUGACGAGCGUGCUGCAAGACUUGGAGACCAUUUGGGGCGCGACCCUGGAGCAGAAACUGAACAUUCCCCUCAAAGACCUGAAACAUUACCGUGCCGUUCUAGUGAUACCUGAUAUCUAUCAUCGGCCUCACGUCAAGGAACUCAUGAACCUCCUGCUGCUGAGGAUGGGGUUUGGGGCUGCCAUCGUCCACCAGGAGUCUGUUUUAGCCACCUAUGGCAGUGGACUCAGCAGCGCGUGUGUUGUAGAUGUAGGUGACCAGAAGACCAGUGUCUGCUGCGUUGAAGACGGCUUGUCCCACAGAAAUACAAGGUUGUGCAUGACCUAUGGGGGUAGUGACGUCACCCGUUGCUUCACUUGGCUGUUGGAGAGGGCCUUCUUCCCUUACCAGGAGUGCCAGCCUGCCAAGACAAUGGAUGCUCUGCUACUUCUUGAACUCAAGGAAACAUUCUGCCAUCUUGACCAGGACCUGGACGGAGUCCAGUUACUAGACUUCCACGUCCGGUACCCAGACCACCCCACCCUGAUGUACCAGCUCAAGCUGGGCGAUGAGACCCUGCAGGCUCCCAUGGGGCUCUUCUACCCGCUCAUCUUUGGCGUCAUCGGAGAGAAGAUGACGUACACGCAGCAGCGGAACCAGGGAGACUCGGAGGACGUGCACGAUGAGCUGUACCUGCUGCAGACGCAGAAAGAGCAACAACAGUCAACCAAGAAAUCUGGCACAGCCCCCAACUCGGAUUCCACCAAUCAGAACGCAGAUGGUAUCAUGAUAACGUCGUCAGGGAGCCAGUUGUCCAAUUCCCCAACCAGCCAAUCACAGAGUGACCUGAUUCAGGCAGAGGAAGCCCCGCCUCCGACCAUCUCCCGACGAAUCUCCACCUCCCAGUCGCUGGACAAGCCGUUAGGGGUAGACCAGGCCAUACUGCACAGUAUUGACUGCUGCUCAUCGGACGAAACCAAAAAGAAGAUGUACAGCUGUAUAUUGGUGGUCGGGGGUGGGCUCAGUCAUUUCCAGGGGGCGGCAGACAUGCUUCAACAUCGUGUACAGACCAAGAUGCCACCCUCCUUCCGUAGAGUGGUGGACAAAGUGGAAGUCAUAUGCAAAUCAAAGGAUCUUGACCCACGGAUGACAUGUUGGAAGGGAGGCACGGUCCUAGCGUGCCUGGACACAGCGCAAGAGUUAUGGAUAAGGCAAUGGGAGUGGAGGAAACAUGGACUCAAAGUACUGAGGGAACGUUCACCUUUUGUGUGGUAGCAUCAUUGCUAUAUUUAUGUUUUAUAUGUUUCCCUCCAGCACGAAGCAAGUAGCAUGGUCCUAUUUUGAGAUACAGCCUAUAUACAGGGUGGGAAAAAAAAAAAACGAAACCGAGAUAUUAUUGCUUAUUGGAACA